AAAAUACAUUUUGAAAACAAUCACCGAUUUAAUUAAAUAAAAAUUAUUAUUAAUAAAUAAUUAUUGAUUAAACAUAAUAUGUUUGUAAGAAUUUAGCAUCAAGUUAUUUCUGUUAUCAAUUUAUUUAUAGCGUUUUCAACAUUUCUAAUUGUGUUUAUUAUGAAUUAAAGCUGUUUUACUAUUAAAACUCAUAUAAAAUGAAAUGCAAUAUUCGAGAGCUGUCUCUUUUAAGUGACAGACCUUGUGUUAUGGAAGGAAGACUAAAUUAUAAAAAAGUUACAGGCAAUUACCGGAAUCAGACAGUAUUCAAAGAACGUUGGUUUAGAUUAAUAAACAAUUACUUAUUUUAUUUCAAAAUAAGUGAAAUGGGGAAAUUUGACACCAAACAGCCAGCUGGUGUAUUUGUUAUGGAAAAUUCUUCGGUACAAAUGGAACAUGGACACCAUAUUUCUUUUUCUUUCUCCAUUUCCUUUAUAGAUGAACCUGAAAAACGGCAUAUAUUUGCUGCUCGAAGUGAAGAUAAUGUGGUACAGUGGGUUUUGAAGUUAAGACAGUGUUCAUAUGAGUACUUAAGAAACCAAUUGCAUGCCCUUCAGUCUAAGAUAUACUCUAUUACUGGCAAGGAUCCAUUGCUGCUGGUACCACGUAAUGAUGGUGCAUGUUUGUGGGCACCAUCAAUACCCUUUUCAACAGCUCCAGCAUGCACAGUCAACACAAACUCAUUUAGCUGUCAUCUCCACACCAAUGGAGCCUUUACACUUGAGAGGAGCAAGUCAGAUGUUCAAGCUCACAAACACUUGAGGUCAGAAUAUCAGAAUACAACUACAUUUUAUACUGACAGCAUAAAUAAGGAAGAAAACCAAGGCUAUACAUUGGAAAAAAGUAAGACAUCAAUCUUAACAUCUAGUUUGAAUCCCAUAGAUAUAUCUAUUUUUGACAAUAGACCCUUAUAUUCAAGAGCUGCUCCUAGCCCACCUGUAAGAACAAAGUUGUCACCAAACAACAAACGAGUUGAAGCAAGUAAAGACCUCAAAAUGUUUUCGGAGCAAGGAAAGACUUUAGCUCAAAGUAGCAUUUUAGAUCCUGCUCCAAUUCCUCCUAGAAGAAAAAUAUUGCCUAAACAAUCCAAUACAAAUUCAGGAAGCAAUACGAAUAGCAACAGUAGAGACUCUUUAGAUAUAACAAAUGAAGAUUUAAUUAAACUUUGACUGUCUUAAAUGUUUACAAUGACAAUCAAAAUUAAUUCACCAGCCUAAUUUUUUUUACUUUGAAUACCCACCAAGUAUUAUAAUUUAAUCUUCGUAAUAACAACAUACAGUAACUUUCUACUAUAAAAUUAUAAAUAUGUACAUUAUAUGAAGUUCUAAGUGUAAAAGCUACUGCUACAUUAAUAUUCUCUUUAAGUUAUGUAUGUAGCAAGUAGUAGGAUUGCUUUAAAACUACUAGUCAAGAGUAAAGUUAAACUCAGCAACUCAUACAUCUCAUAAGCUUUUUGUAUAUUUAGAGUAUGGAAUGAGCAUUAGAUCUAGAAUUUGAUAAUGUAGGUCUUCAAUUGUUCAAAACAGUUCAUUGGAGGUAGUUGUCAAUGUGCUUUAAAUUACCAAAAUUUAUGAUUACAACCCAAUUUCUUUCUUACUACUGCACAUCACACAUGUAUUGAGGACCCAUGCAUGUUACUGGACAUCAUACAUAUAAAAUAUAUUAUAUAUAUAUCUAAAUAUCUUCUGAAUGUUUUUGUUAAUCUUAUUGUGUGUAUGUACAUUUAUUGUUAUUAGCUCCCAUGUUAGCAGACCAUUGCAGAUGUACUUUUCUGUUGUGCUAUUAAGAUGUUUAAAUUUUGCUUAUUUUAUUCACUCCCAAUUUGAGUAAUAAAUGAUACAUAUUAUAUUUGUCAUAGAUUUAGAGGUGAAUAUUUUUUUAUUCAGAAACAAAAAUAACAUGACAAACUUAGAAUGUAAUAAAAAAUAUUUAAAUAAAUAUAUAGUUUUUUUUAAUACUAUUCUCAGAUGUUUUUAAGUAUUGCAUCUUCAGU